UAAAAUAAUAUCCUUCUCCUUGCGUGCCUCCAUUUCUAUUUUUUUUCCGCCCUCAUUUGCUCGUCGUCUUCUCGUCUCGUUUUAGCUCUUCCCCCCUUCGGUAGAUCUGCCCUUAGUUCCUCAAUACCUCUUUCGCUGGGAAAAACCCUAGCUGCGGCUCGUGCUAUUGGAUCUGCGAUCAGAUCGGAUCCGAACAUGACCUACGCUUCCCAAUUGCUCCGCCGCUCCAACAAGCUCAGGAACGGCCACAAUGUCCUGCAGCACGAGCCUGCUGGUCUUAUCCGUUAUUUUUCCAAGGAUGCUGGUGCCUUAACAACUAAUAAAAGAGCAGACGUUUGUGGAUUACGUGGCAAAACAGCUGGAGAUUCCAGCCAUUCUGUUGCAGGCCUUCCAAUAAAAAAUGAAUCAGCAAAAAACCAACACAGAUCGCAAUCUUUGGACAUCUUCAAGAUGUCUUCUCCAGGAACAUCUCGAAAUGCAUUCUCUAGAUUGUCGUCUAAAAUUAGCAUUCCGAUGACUACCAUGGCAACCAGCAGCUGUCAUUCAUGCAUACAGGCAACCCAGAGGAGAUGCUAUUCAAGUAAUUCAGAUCUACCUCCACACCAAGAAAUCGGGAUGCCGUCUCUUUCUCCAACCAUGACAGAGGGAAACAUAGCAAGAUGGCUGAAGAAGGAAGGGGAGAAAGUUUCUCCUGGGGAAGUACUAUGUGAAAUUGAAACUGAUAAAGCAACCGUUGAGAUGGAAUGCAUGGAAGAAGGCUAUAUUGCUAAGAUAAUUCAAGGAGAUGGGGCUCAAAAUAUUAAAGUUGGAGAGCCGAUUGCUAUAACUGUGGAAGAAGAAGAUGAUAUUGGAAAGUUUAAAGAUUAUAAAACUUCAGCAUCUUCUGCGCCUGCUGAAUCGAAGCCAUCAACUGAGCCUACCUCCCCUGCAGAGGUUGUUUUUUCAGAUCUACCUCCACACCAAGAAAUUGGAAUGCCGUCCCUUUCUCCAACCAUGACUGAGGGAAACAUCGCAAGGUGGCUGAAGAAGGAAGGGGAUAAAGUUUCUCCUGGAGAAGUACUGUGUGAAAUUGAAACUGAUAAAGCAACAGUCGAGAUGGAAUGCAUGGAGGAUGGUUACAUUGCUAAGAUAAUUCAAGGAGAUGGGGCCCAAAAUAUUAAAGUCGGAGAGCCGAUUGCUAUAACUGUAGAAGAAGAAGAAGAUAUUGGAAAAUUUAAAGAAUACAAAGCUUCAGCAUCUUCUUCACCUGAUGCAUCUAAGCCAUCAACUGUCUCUACUUCACCUAAGAGGCAGGAGUCAGAGCCUGUUAAAACUUCUGAGCCAAAGGUCUCAAGGACUGACGCACAUACAGAGGGCCGUAUCUUCUCUAGUCCUGCUGCAAGAAAAUUAGCCGAAGAUAACAAUGUGCCUCUUUCAAGCGUAAAAGGUACUGGUCCUGAUGGACAAAUUUUGAAGAGUGAUAUUGAAGACUAUCUAGGUAUACGUCUUUUAUACUAAGUUUUAAAAACUUGA